GAGGAAAUCAAAAUAAGUAAAAGCGCUUUCCAAGGGAUAAGAAAUCUCCAGUUUCUAGAUAUCGAUGGUGGUACCUUAAACACACCCGAAGGCCUCAACUGUCUUCCCAACAAACUCAGAUACAUACAUUGGAAGCAGUCUCCAUUGAGAUUUUGGCCUUCCAAGUUCUCUGAAAAGUUACUUGUCGAACUAAUCAUGCCCAACAGCAACUUUGAGAAACUUUGGGAGGGAAUCAAACCUUUCCCAUGCCUCAAGCGGAUGGAUUUGAGCAGCUCUGAGUAUCUGAAAGAGAUUCCAGAUCUCUCGAAAGCAACGAGUCUCGAGAUAUUAGAUCUCCAUUACUGCAGAAGUUUGUUAGAACUCCCUUCUUCUAUCGGUAGGUUAAUCAAUCUCGAGAAAUUGGACCUCCAUUAUUGCCGGAGUUUGGAAAAACUCAGUGGUUGCUCGAAUUUGGAAAAAAUCAGUGGUUGCUCGAGUUUGAAAGAACUCGAUCUGAGCGAUUCUGGGAUAGGGGCAUUGGAAUUGCCAUCAUCAGUCAGUACUUGGUCUUGUUUUUAUAGAUUGAAUAUGUCAGGGUUGAGUGACCUCAAGAAGUUCCCAAAAGUUCCUUACAGCAUCGUAGAGUUGGUGUUGAGCGGCACAGGGAUAGAGGAAGUUCCUCCAUGGAUUGAGAAUCUAUUUCGUCUGCAGCAACUAAUUAUGUUUGGAUGCAGAAAUCUGGAAAUUGUAUCUCCAAACAUUUCUAAGUUGGAGAAUCUUCAGACUAUUGCACUGUGUAAACAUGACGACGUCCCUGAGAUGAGCUAUGGGGAUGAAGUUUUUACAGCAGUGAUCGUUGGGGGGCCUGACUCGCAUGGCAUCUGGCGUUUUCGAUCAGACUUAAACGUGCACUACAUUUUACCGAUAUGUUUACCGAAGAAGGCUCUUACAUCUCCAAUAUCAUUACAUUUAUUCAGUGGUGGUUUAAAAACUAUCCCAGAUUGCAUCAGACGUCUCUCCGGACUAAGUGAGCUUUCAAUCACUGGUUGCAUAAUUCUCACAGAACUGCCACAGCUUCCAGGUUCCUGUCUAUCUCUAGAUGCACACUUUUGUAGAUCCUUGAGGAGAAUAAACUCUUCUUUUCAAAAUCCAAAUAUAUGCCUAAACUUUGCUGGCUGCUACAACCUGAAUCAAAAAGCGAGAAAGCUCAUCCAGACAUCAGUUUGCAAAUAUGCGCUCUUACCGGGUAACAUUGUGCCUGCACACUUCACUCGCCGAGCUUUCUCUAGUUCCCUAACGAUCGAUUUGACUCCAAGACCUCUUCCUUCAUCCUUCAGAUUCAAAGCUUGCAUCUUACUGUCAAAAGUCAGUUUUCAUUACCUUCGCGAGCAGAAUGUGUUUUGUCGCGUUAGAGGUAAACAGAAUGGCCUCACUGUCCUAUAUGGAUCAAACCAGAUUCAUCAUAUGCCAUGUCUAGGCACAUCUCAAAACCAUCUUUAUAUAUUUGAAGAUUCUUUCUCUCUAAACCAGCAUUUCCCUGAAGCCGAAGUCACCACUUUCAGCGAGCUCUCUUUUCUGUUCACAGUCGAUGAUUAUAAAGCCUUGGUGGUUUAUGGCUGUGGUGUACGAAUUUUGGAGGUACUUGACGGAAAAGAAACUGAAUAGGAAGAGUAUAUCGACAUAAACAUAGAGGCAAGCAAUGAAAAUGCAGAUAAUGAUGAUGAGGAAGAUGAAGGUGGUGAUGAUAUUUAAAGUGCUGACGAUGAUGUUUGGUGAGGAUGAUGUCGAGGAUAAUCUGACAUAAACGUAGAGGCAAACAAUGAAACUGAAGAAGGAAAAGAAACAGGACGUGAUGACGAUGCAGAGACGAGGAGCAGGAAAUGAAUGAGGUCAAGCCUUGUUGAUGUUGUUAGAUUUUCUUUUUCCGGUGCACUGCAAGUUUCCAAGAAGAGAAGCAUCAAUCUCAACACCCCUGGCACAAUCAAGCUGGGAUUUUUUCAGGUUUGGAAACUCGAUCGCUAUGGCUUCCUUAACAAAUCAUAGAAUGAUAUUUUUUUUUUUUUUUAUAACAUCAUACUUUAUUAAUCAUAAAUGUACGUUUACAUAAUCUUCAUGUAGAAGAUUUGUUAUUGUUACAGGAACAUAAUUAUGAAAAAUAAAAGAAAUUGUUUGUGAGCUUGUCUUUGCAAGCUUAUCA